AUGCAGCUAGCACCAUGUGCGCUCAACUUGGCCGUGGAAAAUAGCGUCUUGACCGCGCCUACGAAUUAUUUAGGCAGUGAUACGGGCUAUCCAGACUGGACUACACUGCGGACAAGGGCGUUGCUAGAUCCGCUCUACGCCUCCGUUAUGUGCACCAUUGCGAGAGAUCACGGACCGCAGCCAAAGCAGGACAAUUUUUGUCCGCGUCGCGCCCUCAAGACCGUACUGUCAAAAGCAUCUCAGCGGUUCCAGCUGGAAUUUAUGAUAGGUUUUGAAGUCGAGUUUGAGGUAUGGAGGCGCAACGAGGACGACAAGCUGGUCUUGCACAGCACCGGCUUGGGAGGCGCGGCGUGUUCUGGCCUCCGCCAUGGAUGCUACGAGUACGUUGAGGAAACCAUGAUGAUACUCCUGGAAGCUGGGGUUGGACUGGAGGCGAUGCAUACUGAAGGGCAAAAAGGGCAGUAUGAGUUCUGCCUGGCGCCGAAACGACCUAUGGAGGCUGUGGAUGAGCUGGUGUUUGUUCACGAUACGCUUAAGAGAGUGUUUACUCGCCAUGGGUUGAUAGUCACCAUGUUUCCGCGUCCGGCGGCAGAUCGAACUCAAUCUAUUGGACAACACGUUCACAUCUCCAUCGGUAAUCGCCCGGAAUUGGAAGUUUCUUUCCUCGCUGGAAUUCUACGUCAUCUCCCUAGCUUGAUCGCCUUAUGUUUACCAUACGAUAUGUCAUAUGCAAGGCUCAGGCCCGGGCAAGGUGGCAGCCACAUCGUCGCCUGGGGCACGCAAGACCGUCGGGUCCCCGUCAGGAAAGUGAAAUCAUGCCAUUGGGAGCUGCGUUGUGUUGACGCGACGGCUAAUAUGUGCCUUGUGCUGGCUGCGACGCUGAGCGCGGGAUUGUUGGGCUGCAUGAACCGCGAAGUGCUGCAGUUUCAGGAUACUUCGUCUUUGAGCGAGGAGGAGAUUAUUAGGAGCGGAGAUGUAUAUAUUCCUGGAACGUUUGAGGCUGCUCUGGAUCAGCUUGAGCGGGUCUACGAAAGUGAGGGCCAGUUCAAGGCCAUUGAGAGGUCGAUGGAGAGUCAAGUUAUCAGACAUUACUUGGAGAUGAAGAGAUUUGAGCUGUCUAAGUUAACUCAGAUGGGAGCAGAUGAGGCAAGGAGUCUGCUUAUUGAGUUGUUUUAA